UGGUGACCUUCUUAUCCUCCACCACUGUCUAUCCACCCCCGCUUGAAUCACGGGGGAUGAUUCACCCCCAUCCUUACGCCUGCGCCCCCGCGGCGGGCGCCAACAGCGUGAUAUUUCCCGAGCGUUUGGGGGCCGACAAACUCGCCAGCAGUGCCAGCACCAGCAGAUCGAAGUGUGCCGCGGAAGACAGUUGA